CAUGACGUACGUAUUGUGAUAAUUCAUCGCCAUCAUCAGGCUGCAGUGUAGUUGAUUUUCUGAGUCACAUACUUUAUGUGCCUGUUCCUGUCCCUGUCCCCAUCGUCUUCUCCCUUGCCAUGGUCUUUCAUCUGUCCUCCAUCCCACUCACAUCCUUCUUUCAUCGCACUUUCUACAUCAUCCUAUUUGCUACUGCUUCUCGGUCUAUUCUUUCAGCACAAGCUAUCGGCUUCUCUCAUCUCGUGGGACAGUAUCAAGGUCGUGCUUUUCUACAUUGAAAACGACCAGUCUCUCGAUUAAGCCGGCCAUACUCAAUUUCACUGGCCCGUCUACUCCAAGAUCCUCUUUUGUAUCUGAUUAAGAUCGACAAGUAUUUACACGGAAUCCAACUACGUUCGCUCUUCCAGCAGCUCAAGUUCAGAUCUAAAAUCCGUAUCUGGAAAGAGCUUCUCGGGGGAGCUCAGUUGCACGAGGAACCUCAACCACUGUUGUGACUCUGUCAACAACAUUUCGAAGCUUUCAUCAAAGUCACUCAUUCUUUUAGAACUUCGCUAUGACUCAAACUCCGACUAUGUCUUCGUUGAGCAAAACCCAAAAUAAGGACAGCCACGAUCUGAAUACAAAACUGUCGAAGGACGACAUUCAUACCAUAGAUGCAUCCACCAACAAGUCAGUGAAGUCGCUAUCGCCCGACUGGAGUAAGCUUGAGUUUUUCCGUGAUUCACAAGAUGCUGAAGGGGAUUUGCGGUUGACGGUCCCAGAGUUCAAGACACUGACCUUGGAGCCUUUGACUCUGGAUACCCCUUCUCCAACUUCGUCGCAUUCAUCACCGACUAUACUUCCGUACACGCCACCACGCUUUGCGGCUUUGCGCGCGGCCUCCGAUUCCGUUCGGUCUUUCUUUCGCCGUCCUAGCCCCAAUGCUUUGGGGAAGCGCCCAGUCCGUUCAGUUUUAGAAUUAUUUCCCACGGCAACUAGCUCCAACAGCGAAGGCGUCUCCUCGUCGCAUCUGACACAUCUGUCUUCUGUUUUUACGAACACCACGCAGCCUAAUUCGGAUCUUCGCUGGCCUCCGACGCCAAUGUCACCGAGCACGAGUUUCACUGAGUCUGGAUCCUCUGGGUCCUCGGCGGGCUCCCGGUUCAAAAUGCAAGCUGCGUCUGCGCCAGGUUUCUGCUUGAAGGAAAGUCCUAGGAGAUUCCUUAUCCCUCAUCCCCAUCGCAAGUCUCUGAGCUUGAGCAAUAUCGGAGAUUAUUCAGAACGACCAGGACUUUCUAUCCCUACCGUGCGCCAAAUGAGCUCUAGCCUUUUGGGCGACCUGGAAGCCGAUAGCUGCAAACUCAGUGAUGAGUUUGUUACUGCUAGCAUGUUCCCUGGGAUAAAGGGGAAAGAGAUUGGAAAGGGCAGCACAGCGAUCGUCCGGAUUAUUUACCAAAAAGGAUCGUCCAAGCCGUACGCAGUCAAGGAGUUCCGAAAGCAAGGCCGAAAUGAAACCCAAGAAGAAUACGAAAAGAAGGUUAAGUCAGAGUUCAGCAUUGCUAAUAGCCUUCAUCAUCCAAACAUUGUGAAAACUAUCCGUCUCUGCACCCACGCAGGCCGCUGGAACCACGUUAUGGAAUACUGCAGCCAAGGUGAACUGUUUUCCCUGGUGCAGAAAAACUACCUCAGGAUGGAUGACAACAUGUGCCUCUUCAAGCAGCUCCUCCGUGGAGUUGCCUACUUGCACAGGAAUGGAGUUGCUCAUCGUGAUAUCAAGUUAGAGAAUCUGCUUCUGUCUGAAGAUGGUCAUUUGAAGAUCUCCGAUUUUGGCGUUUCAGUAGUGUUCAGGGGUCGCCACCCUGGUUCGCGCUAUGCAUAUGUUGCGCAUGGAGAAGUCCGCAGAUGUGCCCCGGGGAUCUGUGGUAGUCGACCUUAUAUUGCGCCGGAGGUUCUGGCAAUGGAUGGCGAAUAUGACCCACGACCCCUUGACAUCUGGUCGUGCGCAAUUGUUUGUCUCUCACUUUGCUUCCGCGGUGCGCCUUGGAAAGCCGCUGAGCCCGAAGAUCCAAACUAUGCCGAAUUUACUCGCGGAUGGAAGAGCUUCAUGGAAAACAAUCCCGGUGGGCUCGUUACCGGUAAUGAUUAUCCUUCGUGUGGAAAAAUAUUCGACGCGCUCCCGAAGGCUCCUCUUCGACGCUUGCUCUUACGCAUGCUUCACCCUGACCCGAUUAUACGGAUUACGAUCGAGGAGGCACUGAAUUGCCGGUUUGUAAAGGCAAUUGAUUGCUGCUGCCCUGAUGAGAAAGAACUAUCCAGGGUUACUAGUGGAAUUGAUGCGUCGGAAAUCGAAAGCUGUAAGCUUGCAGGGAAAAUAAUGCGGAUAAAGCAUAACCACUAUCUGCCAGAGAAGAAUGGCAAGUCCAAUCACCAACAUUAAGGUCAAAAAAAAAACGCGCAUGCUUUAUUGGCAUGAAGUCCCCGUGGAUUUUCGAGGCCCUUUUCAAUAAUCUGUGAUUGAAAUCUGUUUUCUUUCAACAAAUUUGUCCGAAGCACGGUUUAUUAUAACGCAUAUGGUUGUUGGGUCGGAUGAUUGCUCAGAUGGCAGUAUGGUUUGGGUGGUUUUAUAUUUGAUAAGGAAGGGAAUUUGGAUUCAAAUUUUGCGAACGUGCUAGACUGACAAAGUCAAGUGCUUCCUGCCUGCAUUCCAACAAUAG